CUUAUAUAGCACCUUUAAAUAAAACUUGGACAGCAUUUCUUCAUGUGCCAUUUGAGAUUAGAUGCUGCGGCAUAUCUUGCUGGGCAACAUUUGCAUUUAAAUGGCUUAUUGCCUGUAUGAAUGUUAUUAUGAUAAUUCAGAUAGCUCUUCUGGGUGAAUGUUUUUAGGCAAAUUGGACACUGAAAUCCCCCUUUGCUUGACCUUGGCUGGUUGUGUCCAUGUGGUUGCUGUGGUGACUGGAGAGAGGGUGCAUAAGGGGGUGCUUGGAGAGAGGGUGCUAUAUACUGCUGUUGUGAUUGUUCAGCCCUACAAGACCCGAUUUGUAAACCUAAAACAGAAUAAAACUAAUAUUAUGUUUGAUAUUUCUCAUAUUCAGUUUGAUACCACCAAAGAUUUAGUGUAUUAUUUAUAUAAGCAUUACUAUUUGCCUUAUGCUGUGCAUGGUUUACAUGAAUAAAUUGAAUUGAAUUGAGUUACUCUGUUAUGUUAAGCCUUCAUUAUCACUUUAUCUACAUUAGGCCAUGGCCAGUAUCAUAAAUAUGUAGUUUCUAUCUAUCUCUUAUAUAUAAUAAACAUAUGCCCAUCA